AUGUUCGGUCAACUUAAUAACCCAAGCAAAGGAAAGAAUAAAAGACAUGGAUCUAAGGUCAAUGCAACACGCAAUAAUAAUAUGGGAGAUAUCAGAUACCAAGGUACCCGCGGCAGUUUUAUGGAUCAUCCCUGGGGUUCCAUGAGAAAUAUGUAUGACAUGCACAAUAACAACGUUUAUAUGACGGUACCUCCCAUACAAAACUAUGCUAACUUUCCAGAAAUGCUUAAUCAUAACUUUUUUAUGCAUGACGUGCCUUGUAACAAUGUUUUUAAUACCGAUACAGCAAAGAAAGUGUAUGCCUCCCGUCACGAUCAGAACUUAGUUCAGUCAUCAACUAACUUUCCUGUUCGUUUCAGUUCAUAUGGUAUGGACUGUUUUACAGAUUUCCAUGGUGGCUAUGGUAGUUCUAUGGGCUGUGUCGAGUAUAUGUUCGAUGGCUUUUCAGAGGACAUCAUUUCCGAAAACCUCAAAGAUUCCAUCACUCCAAAUGAACUCACUCUUUCCAAAAGUGAGAUUCAGAAUGAAUCCAGGAUAUCUAACGACUCCAUUUUUAUCGGAAGGGACGAUGACACAAGUAAGGAAUUUCCAUCACCAGAUAACAAAGCGAUCUCUCUGAGCAUCUUGGCCCCCCCUUCCGAGACUCUCCUCGCCGAGGAGAGCGUCCCGGCCCAACCAGUGGUUUGUGUUAAACCGAGCCGUACCUCUUGCCGUCGUAGUUCCCGCCCCUACAGCCGUACCCAGACAAUUGACUGUGUGGAAUUCCCCAAAGGCGAGGAGAUGACGGAUGAGUUAACCGUUGGGCACCUCGGGGAUCAGGUCAAGCAAGCGUUUGAAAUGGUUCGCCAGGUGCAAAGCCGGGAACGGGGGCCGUCAAAAGAACCCACCACGCAGGAUGGUUCGUCCACCAAGGGGAACCCACAGGCGACGAUAGAUUCCUGGGGCUCGCCGAAUCGCGAUGGGUACUCUGCAAACAGUGAACAGGAAAAACGUGAGAUCGCUGAGCUGAACGACUCCAGGCGAGAAAGAGGACCACAGGAGGACGAAGUGAAUAACAACCGAGCUCCUUCUGGGUCCGUGGUGACCCCUACCACUGACAGGACGGAGUGGGGUACUAACCACGUGCGCACACUGGUUGUGGUCGAGUCGAUGACGAAGGGCAACCAAGCAAUCACCUGUAAGGACUCUCAAGUCUCAUACAAUGGCCAAAUGCUCAACGCGACAGAAAUACAGAAGCGAAAGGAGGGUAGCCUUGAGUACGGCUCUCAGGCACUCCAGCAGCUUUGCGAAGUCGCCUCAAGGGGCUUUAAUGUCGCCCUUCUUUCCUCUGAGGCGCCGAACACGUCCUCUCGCUUUACGUCCCCUGUCUGGAAGGCGCUUACUCUAAUCGUGAGGAAGGUGCUUGCUGAUCACACGGAUGAUGAGGGCCAUAUGGAACCCGACUUCGAGUUCAGCUGCGCUUUGGGCUACAUUCUGAAUGAUAAGUGCAAGGACAUCUUCACCGAGGAAGACACACCGUUUGAGAAAACCACCAUCAAAACCUCUCCCAUCUUUGGGGCCAAUUUACAGGAACUACAGUAUUUUCGAAUCACCGACGCGGCAGCAUUUGAGGAGCACCUCUCUUUAUGCUUGGCCCGUUCUAACGCCAAUUUUAUCUUGUCUGGUCUCAUGGAAGGCUUUGUGGGUGCCUUCUUGAACAUGCGACAGGGCCUUCGGAUGAAGAGCGGCGAGAAAGACAUCUGCUUAUCCUCAAUCAUUGUCACGUCGGCUGGUAGCGAUGUUAAACCGUACACGGAUUCUCUAAAUCGGGUUCAUAACAUCUACGGCUCCAUUUUUCACCUUGCUGUGCUUGGCCCAUGCUUCAUGUGCUAUAUGCUUAACAUCGCAGAUGACGAUACUAUAAAGCAGUCAAUUGUACCACCAGGCUCGAGUAUAUCUGCUGAGCUUGAAAAGCUUUUUUCACUUCUCAAGCAAAUGUCCGGAACCGAGAACUUGCCACUGCGAAGCGGCUCUGUACGGCGAUUUUUGGCGUAUGUCAAGCAAAAUUCUGAAAAGACCAAGGAGCGCCUUAACACAGAGGACUUAAUGGAAGAUAAGCGUACCCGACUCAAGAAGUUUCUAGUGGAAACAAAUACAUUGAUGGAGAUGUACACUGAAAUAUUAACAGGUUCAGAAAAAAAUUCAAAUUAA